GUAAAAAAAAGUAGCAAUUUGGCUCCACGGCCACCAGCAGAGUGAGAGGAAGAAUCCCUUCUUGAACGUGAGGUUUGAUAAGAUCAUUUUGACUAUCAGUAUGUGGACUUGAUUUUCCAGACAUGCCUUUUGGGCAAGUAGUCGUAGGCCCGCCGGGCUCGGGCAAGACAACGUACUGCAAAGGUAUGAAAGACUUCUUGGUGUCUUUAGGCAGAAAAGUUGCAGUCGUAAAUCUCGAUCCUGCCAAUGAAUCUCUACCUUACGAACCCGAUAUUGAUGUGAAUGAGCUGAUCAACUUGGAAGAUGUCAUGGCGAGGUUGAAGCUUGGACCCAACGGCGCUCUCAUGUACUGUAUGGAAUUUCUUCAAGAAAACGUCGCCUGGCUUGUGGACCAACUUGCAAAGCAUAAGAAUGCUUACUUUCUAUUUGACUUUCCUGGUCAAGUGGAACUGUACACCCAUCAUACGUCAGUCAGUUCUAUAUUGGAGAAGUUACAAAAGCUCGAAUAUCAGCUCGUCGCUGUUCACUUGGUAGAUGCCCACUAUUGCACCGACCCAGGGAAGUUCAUUGCCGUUGUGCUGACAUCACUCAACACAAUGCUGCAGCUUGCCUUGCCGCACGUUAAUGUCCUGUCGAAGAUUGACCUCAUUGAGAAGAUGGGCAAGUUAGCGUUCGGCCUGGACUUCUACACUGAAGUACUGGAUCUGUCCUAUCUGUUAGAGCAUUUACGGAAUGACCCAUUCAUGCGCCGCUUCCAUGAUUUGAAUGAGAAGAUUGUGGAGCUCGUUGAGGACCACUCGCUAGUCACCUUUACCACACUGGAUAUUCAGGACAUGGAGAGUGUGAGCUCUGUUCUCAAGCUGGUGGACAAGGCCGGCGGGUAUGUGUUUGGUGAAGGCGAGGCGCGCAACAUCCAACUGAUGCAGUCGGCGAUGACAGCAGAUGUCAACUAUGUACAGACUGGUGCUGCUCGAGAGAAGCACACCGCGAGCGGCAGGUCUGUGGAUCCCCUCACAGCAGAUGUCGUUGAGCAGCUAAUGGACGAUAGCUGAGCCAGAACACCGUCCAUCAUGAAGCGUUAACGUCUUCAGCCGGAAAGCAGCAGCCCGCCGAAAGUCAAAGUGCUUGUGCUCUUCGUAGUAGAACCCAGUCGUAUGUAUUGUACGUACUACCAAGGCAGACUGCACUCAGGACUCCUUUGUAGUCAGUCAUUGGAGGAUAGCACCCUUGCCAGGCCUGAAUGCUCCCAUAAGCUGGUGCAGAGUAAGCUAAAAAAAAAAAAGUUUGAAGGACUCUAUUGCUGGCUCAGCAUCCGUGUGUUGCCGUACCAAUGCAUUGUACAUGCCCUCUCAUCUUCUACACUGAUUCAACUCUUUAGUGACUUUACUUCAACGGUGUGAUCUGAGCACUCGACGAGCAAUCAGUACUGCAAGAAAGUGAACUCGCUAAAAUACUACCAGGGCAGACUGCACUCGGAACUCCUUUGUAAUCGGUCAUUGGAGGAUUGCACCCUUGCCAUGCCUGAGUGCUCCCAUAAGCUGGUGCAGAGUAAGCUAAAAAAACAAAUUUGAAGGACGCUAUUGUUAUUGCUGGCGCAGCAUCUGUGUGUUGCCGUACCGAUGCAUUGUACAUACAUGCCUUCAUCUUCUACACUGAUUCAACUCUUUAGUGACUUUACUUCAACUGUGAUCUGAGCACUCAGUGCUGCAAGAACUCGCUAAGAUGUUUUUUUUUUACACACAAUCUAGUACCUUUACUCUCUCUCUCCUCUCUCUCUCUCCUCUCUCUCUCUCUCUCUCUCUCUCCUCUCUCUCUCUCUCUCUCUCUCUCUCUCUCACACACACACACACACACUUUUUUUAUAUUGGUACUUGAUUCGUUGCAUUUUUGGUUCAAUGGUCUUGCGGGCAAGAAUUGUGUUGUUUUUUUUCUUCUCUUUGUGUUAAUUUCCCAUGUAUGCUCUUCUUCGGGCAUAGCGGCACAUUCUGUGCUUCCUACACUGCAUUAUUAUACCAGAAUGAUAUGGUGGAAAUCCCAAAUUAUGUGCAUAUUAAAUUUUGA